AUGACAUGUACAAGGAGGAGGCCCCGGGGCAGACAAAGGACACACUGGAGAGAUUAUAUCUCUCGGCUGGCCUGGGAACGCCUUGGUGUUCCCCCGGAUAAGCUGGAGGAGGUGGGUGGGGAGAGUGAGGUCUGGGCUUCUCUGCUUAGGCUGCUGACCCGCGACCCGGCCCCGGAUAAGUGGAAGAAGAUGGAUGGAUGGAUGGAUGGAUUGGACUUCAGCCACUCCACAGAGACCUGCCAUCUUCAGAAGUUUUCUGAUAACUCUGUGGUGGUUGAAUGCAUCAGUAGGGAACAAAGAAGCAACAACCGACAGAGACCUCAGCACUCUUCCGAUGCUAACCUCACGCAAGCAAAGAGAGAGAAAUCAUUCACUUGUGACCUUUGUGCAAAGAGCUUUAUCACAAAGAGGCAGCUCGGGAGACACCAAUGCUUCCACAAUAAGAAAAGAUGCUUCACUUGUGAUGACUGUGGAAAGUCUUUUACUAAAAAGAGUCAUUUAACAAGGCAUAAGCUCAUCCACACUGGGGUUAAACCAUUCAUCUGUGACCAGUGUGGAAAGUCUUUUACUCGGCAAAGUGACUUAAAAUCACAUCAACUCAUCCAUGCUGGAGUUAAACCAUUCAUCUGUGGGGAGUGUGGAAAGUGUUUUACUCGGCAAAGUGCCUUAAAAUCACACCAACUUAUCCAUGCUGGAGUUAAACCAUUCAUCUGUGGGGAGUGUGGAAAGUCUUUUACUCGUCAAAGGGACUUAAAAUCACAUCAACUCAUCCAUGCUGGAGUUAAACCAUUCAUCUGUGGUGAAUGUGGAAAGGCUUUUACUGAAAAGAGUAACUUGACAAGGCAUAAGCUCAUCCAUGCUGGAGUUGAACCAUUCAUCUGUGGGGAGUGUGGAAAGUCUUUUACUUGGCAAAGUGCCUUAAAAUCACAUCGACUCAUCCAUGCUGGAGUUAAACCAUUCAGCUGUGGGGAGUGUGGAAAAGCUUUUAUUGAAAAGAGUAACUUGACAAGACAUAAGCUCAUCCACACUGGAGUUAAACCAUUCAUCUGUGGGGAGUGUGGAAAGUCUUUUACUUGGCAAAGGGACUUAAAAUCACACCAACUCAUCCAUGCUGGAGUUAAACCAUUCAGCUGUGGGGAGUGUGGAAAAGCUUUUAUUGAAAAGAGUAACUUGACAAGACAUAAGCUCAUCCACACUGGAGUUAAACCAUUCAUGUGUGGUAACUGUGGGAAGUCUUUUACUCUGAGGGGUCACUUGAAACAACAUCAGCUCAUCCACAGUAAAGCAAAACCUUAA